UCAUAUGAUAACAUUACGAAUCUACAAUGGAAAAGAAUUUGGAUGCAUAGGAUGAAAGUUUUGUUCAAUACUGAUCAACAAUGGCUAAGGACGUGAAUGGAUGGUUUUCGCUAUGGACCCGUACUACGGAGUCGGGGGAUCAGGAGAAUGAAGCCAUUGGCGCCGAUUCUUCGAAAGAAAGUAGCGAUGAUGAUGUAUCUAAUGUUGAAGCCAGUAAUUGCAUUACACUUGGCUACAGGUUCUGCCCUAAUAUUACAGAAUUCGAUCUAUCCGGUAUGACAGGUUACAACCUGCUGGGUGACGAGUACACGAUGACAUCGCAACUAUUACGUGAUUGUGAUCCCAAUAUGGCACAUGUACAUACACCAUGUCGAAGUACUGCGGAUAACCACACUCCGCACACCAGUAGGUCUACGGGCUUCCAUACCAAUGGUAUAGACCGUCUAUUGAACCAGGCAUGGGUCAAUGAAGAAACAUUAAGAGAUGUGGUAACCAGGUACCAUCUCGACAUUAGUCUGCCUAUGCACGAGGUACUAAGUGCACAGGAAAGAAUUGAAAAUAUGUCUCAAUCGGCCUCGGACAUUCCGCGACUGAUUAAUUUCAUAUAUUCCGAUACACGCGACCAUGUUAACGAUUUCCUGUCCCAAGGCGAUCGCACAAGAAUGGCAAGGACACGCGCCUUCAUGGACGAAGGGGCUGAAACCCCGGGGUCUCACAAUGGGAAUGCAAACAAUGCCAUAUGGUCAUAUGUUAUUGAACAUCUGGAGCCAUUCCUCGACUUGCACAGCCUUUUAAUGCUACGGCAGACCUGCCGAGUGCUUUACAGGCACUGUUACCAGUUGAAUCCAAACCAAGAGCUUUGUUUCCGUGGUUUUGCAGGGUAUGACAUGGAUAUAGUCCUAACAGAGGUGUUUCCACUUGCAAUUAAAGUGCUAAACAUCCCUCAUGAUGCAAAGUUGUCGUUGGACUUUAGCACGUGUCAUAAUUUAAAAGAUAUAUCGUUGAUACAGAUGCUAUUAAACCGUAUUGGCCCACAUACUAACUCUAGCAUACACAAUCUAUGCAAACGAAUGAAGUCAAUAUCCCUGGACUACUGUAACCAACUGACUGAUAGUGGUCUUGAGAUCCUACUGGGCACUAGGUUACCAUACCUCGAAAUAUUGAGCAUCGUUUGCUGCAGGAACGAGAAUAUAUCAGGUGUUCCAUUUUGCAAGCUUUUGAGCAUAGAAAACUGGCCAAAUUUCAGGCAUUUUAAUUGUAGCUUCAGUAAUGUGACAUUGGAGCCCAUAGAGGCUGUGGGUAAAUUCAUAAACAACGUGGUUAAUGAUCACAGCCGGCUGGACACGCCUCACGGUUCCUGCAGGAGUAUACUCCUAGGGUAUGCGCCUACUCCAGAUACUGAUGAAAGCGACGCCGGUACCAAGUCGUCACCUGUGGGUUCAGUUUCAACCGAUGUGGCACCUCCGGAUGCUUACAGAACUGCAUCGCCACUGUCCAAUUGUAAGCUAGAAAUCCUAGGGUCUCGGGGUGGCCGUAUGUUCCUAGAUAAACACGGCUUUGAGACUGAGCUCAUGGCAUUCGCAAAAGCUGUUAAGACCAAGGAUACCAAGUUAUGUUCGUCGUUAACAAGACGCGUCCAAAGAAAGCUUGAGGAACUUGGUAACCACAGUAACGAUCCGUGUCUCAAGCUAUUGUUGCACAGGGGCUCUGAACUGUUGGUCAACUGUCCAAUUGUCCAAUAUGACAGCGACAGCUGUACUGAUGUGUGGACCUUGCCCAUAUCGGUCACAGUUACUAAGGACGAUCUAAACACUUGCAACCUGCUAAUACGUCGCGGAGCACGUGUUAAUGUCUGGAACUACAGUGGUAAAAGCCCACUGUAUAGGGCAUGUGAAAUGGGAAGACCCAAGUUUGUAAAGCUAUUGCUUAGAAUGCAACAGGCACCUAUACCACUGGGUGAUAGUGAUCUAUCCCCCCUCAGCAUAUGCAUUAAAAUGCGCCAUACGCAAUUCCUAGCGCAGCUUAUAGCCGCUGGGAUACCGGUAAAUAUAAAGAGUCCACAUGUACGAACAUUUAAGUCGCCACUGUACGUAGCCUGCGAGGCAGGAAGCAUCGCAUCUAUUCGUAUGUUACUGGAAAAUGGAGCCGAUACCAAUUGGCUAUAUCAUGGACGCAUUAGUGUAACUAUGAUGGCUUACACCAAGGAUAGUUCCUGGCUGCCUUUGUUUGUGCAAUAUGGAGCCGGUAAGUCCUUGAAGAAAAGAGCGGUGCUCACGGACGUAUUAAGCUGUGCCAUCAGUAAUAACGACCUGAAUGCAAUACACUUGCUUAUAGACGCAUAUCCAGACUUACUGCAGCGACAGCAUAACGUGUGGUCCAAUCCUGUAAUACAAGCGGCCAGGAUAGGCAGAUACGACGUACUCAAAACGUUGCUAGAAAAGGGUGCUGAUAUAAACCAAACUGAUGUUAACAGGGUAAGUGCAGUGCAUAUAGCAGCAGAGGAAGAACAAGUUAAGUGUCUAUCGAUGCUAAUUGAGAAUAACGCCAACCUAAAUGGACAGGACUCCAAUGGGAGAACGCCACUAUACCUCGCAGUGGUGGAGAACAAGGCAACAUCGGCCGCUAUGCUUUUGGAUAACAAGUGCAAUCCUAACAUUGCAGAAUAUACAAAUGGCGAGACGCCAUUAAUGGCGGCUAUACGCACACGCAACGAACGUUUGGCAAUGAUGAUACUGGAUAGAGCCCAAAAACUUAAACUGGAGAUAGCAGAUACCAUGGGCAGAAGUGCAUGUAUAUACGCGCUAUACUUCGACCUUGUCGCGGUGGGAGAGGCUAUCUUGAAUAGGUACCUCCAACACAUACCCAAAGCCAAUGUUACAGAAAUACGAUGGUUCGCUGCUAUAUACCAGGAUAGAAUAACAUCAAACUGGUCUAAUGGAAAGGAACUUAGGCGCUAUGUAAACCGAUAUAGAAGACUCAAUGAGAAGGACAUUAGAGAAAACGGCAUAUCCUUCGCAGGGAAGUGGCGCAACACCUUCAUGGGCCGCUGGGUAGACCAGCUCAGAGGAAUAUUCACCAUCCAAACCAAAUAACACACAAUAUAUAAAAAUUG